AUGACAGCUGAAAAAGUAUGUUCACAAAAUGAACUUGAACAUUAUGUAUGUGAUUCAGAUGAUUUAAGUAACUAUCAAUCAUGUAAUUUAAAAGUUUUACAAAAAAUCUCUGAAGAUGAUGGGAAAAAGUAUUAUAAACGAUUUAUCCAACUUUGGAAAACAACUGAAAGCAAAGACAAUCAGAAACUUACAGAAUAUUUUUCUAAACACUAA